UUAGGUUCGUUAAAAGACCACCCGCAGCAGCAGCCUGGCAUGCUUUCUCGUGUGACCGGCGGCCUUUUCAGUGUCACGAAGGGAGCUGUUGGUGCCACGAUUGGGGGUGUUGCUUGGAUUGGAGGGAAGAGCUUGGAAAUCACCAAAACAGCAGUCACGUCUGUGCCUUCCGUGGGAGUGGGGCUGGUCAGAGGAAGUGUUUCUGCUGUGGCUGGAGGUGUUACAGCUGUAGGAUCUGCUGUUGCAAGUAAAGUGCCUUUAACAGGAAAGAAAAAGGAUAAGUCUGACUAA